AAAAGUGUCAAAACAAAACGGGCGUGUGUGUCUUGCUUGCCGCUUGCCGAGCCCAAUUUGUUUAAUAAUAGUAAUAGAUGUGUACAAAUUGCUAGGAAAAGUAGCUAUCUCAUAAAAUUAAGAGUAUUUCACAAGUUAAAUAUAACAACUAUCAAAUACAUUAUUUGCAAAAUGAGAGACCCUUCAUCAGAUAAAGCUGCGUCUGCAAUGCAAGAAUCUUCGAUGGUUGAGGCAAUCGGCGGAGAGACACCAGCGGCUCUACCUGGUCUUGACUAUGAAAUAGAAGCUAUAUUACAAGUACCCGAAGUAGAAGAAUCUCCAUUUGGCCAAUAUGUAAAGGACUGUCCAGUAUGCAAAAGUGCCGUACGUUGUUACUUCAUGAACUUCAACGAAAAAGUAGUCAUGUGUGAGAACACUACAUGCUCGUGGCCUUUCGGUUACGAAGAGCCUCAAUGCUUGAAACAUGACGAGGCCCUCUCUGUUGAUGAAGAAGUUGAGAGUCUCAAGGUCAUGACAUACGGCCCUAUGCCCCCUUCUGAGUCAAUUAUAUCGACAAUGGCUUGGUCAGAAAUGGACAGGUCUAACAAAGGUCUGGACUCGGAGGAACCUGGUAGCACUCCAACGUACCAGAGUGAUGCAGCCAGGGAUGCCAAGUUGCAAGAGAUCUUGAAGCAGAAUGAGGCAGAUCUACAGACAAAGAAGAACCUUCAAGACAUUAAGAAGUUGAAUGUGCAGCUCCAAAAAACAUACGAAGAAGAAGACGAAAUAUCAUGUAUCCGCAACGAAAAGUGGAUCAAACAUCUCAACACCUUGCAAAACAUGUCCGGAAAACGACUCCUGCGGAAAGAAGAGAUGGCAUUACUUAAACAAAAAGAACCUCAGCGUCUAACUAUGAACAUAAAUGUGGAGAAUACUGCGAUCAUUAUCAAUUUAGCUCCUUCAACGGCAACGGAGCCAUUCUGUACAAUGGGAUCAACUGCCCCAAAAGAACCAAAUGCUUCAGCGGAACUAAGUACAAAGGAUGCAACACAAUCAACUGUUAUGAAGGAAUCAACUGUUAUAGAACCAACUGCCCAACUAUCAGCUGCCCUAGAAUCAACUGUCACAGAAUUAACUACAUUAAAAGAAGUAUCUGAUAUAGAUGAACCAGUCAGGAUAGAAGACAAAGUUACAGAUCCAUAGAGAACGCUGAAGCCAGGUUUUGAAUAUGGUACGGCAAAUAGAAACAAGUGAAUGUGCUCCAGAUUUGAUAUCUAAUCUGUUAUAAUAAGGAGUGUAAAUUCAGGAAAUAAGGACACAACAGUUAUGGCGCGCUGCACGAAAUUUGCGACAGAAGAUUUUUGCUCAUCAGAUCCCCAUGCUAUAUCUAUAUAACUAGAUUAACUGGCUAUUUUAUAUACUGAAAUUAUACUGCUAUGGUAUGCAGGGUAAA